GGUUUGAUUGAUUUUUGUGGUUGUGUGACAAGGUGUUGAGUGAUGGUGGCAUCUGGGACUGGAGACCCUGUUGAGUCAUUUCUGAAUUCAGUACAAUUGGUUAAGAAUGCGUUUUCGCCUAUAGAGUCAGGUAUUAAGAAAGUAGCAAAGGAUUUUGAGCAUUGUUGGCCUGGGAAAGCUGAGAGUUGUACUAGUAGUGGUUCUGGAUUAGAUGUCAAGAAAAUUAGUGCAAGUAAGCAAGGGUUGGGUAGUGAUGAGAAAAAGAAGGGCUUGUUGAUAAAGUUACCGAUUAAGAUGUUUGUUGGAAUGUUUGGGAAUAAUGGGCAGGUUGAUAAAGGGGGUAAUGUGGCCAGGAAAGGGUUGAAGGAGAAGUAUGGUGGUGGCAAAGGGGAUGGGAGCUGUGUCAACUGUCUGCAGUUUAAUGUUGCUUGGUCAUUGUUAAUGAAUGGCUUUGUUCAGGCUGUUCCUAUCCCGUUUAAGACUGUGAAAAAGCGGUUUCAGAAGGUGAAUCAGGAUAGUGUUUGUGAUGACCUGAAAGGUAAUCUGAGGGUAAAUGAUGUGAAGGAAAAGAAGUCAAGUGAUCAGGUUGUUAUGGAUAACUGUGAUGGAGUGAAGCACAAAGAGGAAAAGAAUUUAUCUUUUGAGUGCUUUGUAGGUUUUCUUUUUGAUCAAGUAGCUUUGAAUCUUCAAAAAUUUGACUUAGGAGUCCCACAACAGGAAUGCCAGAGUACCGAGUUUAAUCAAAUUCCUCCGCCUGCCAAUCAGUUUGAUCAUUUUAAGGUGCUAGUCAGUAUUUUAGAGGGUAAAAGAGCUGAUGUCAAUGGAUUUCUGGGGAAUCUGAAUUUUGCAAGAGUAGGAGGUAUUCCUUCAAGUAUUGUUGAUGUAGAUUCUUCUGCGAGAGAGGAGAGAGAAGAUGGUGUUAAUGAUAUUAGUGGUCAAGAAGAGAGCACUGGAAAUUCCGCAAGAAGUUUAGCUAGUGGUUUGCUUAGUAUUCCAUUAUCCAAUGUCGAGCGUUUGAGAUCAACAUUGUCCACAGUUUCAAUAACAGAAUUAAUUGAGCUCUUGCCUCAGUUAGGACGACCUAGUAAAGACCAUCCUGACAAGAAAAAACUGAUCUCCGUCCAGGACUUUUUCAGAUACACAGAAGCUGAAGGGAAGAGAUUCUUUGAGGAAUUGGAUAGAGAUGGUGAUGGUCAAGUCACGUUGGAAGAUCUUGAAAUUGCUAUGAGAAAAAGAAAGUUGCCAAAGAGAUAUGCCCAUGAACUCAUGCGUCGUGCUAGAAGUCACUUGUUCUCAAAAUCUUUUGGGUGGAAACAAUUUCUUUCGUUGAUGGAACAGAAGGAGCCUACCAUCCUGCGGGCUUAUACCAGUCUUUGUUUGAGCAAGUCAGGCACAUUGCAGAAGAGUGAGAUACUUGCCUCACUAAACAAUGCAGGACUUCCAGCAAAUGAAGACAAUGCUAUUGCCAUGAUGCGAUUUCUAAGUGCGGAUGCAGAGGAGUCUAUUUCCUAUGGACAUUUCCGGAACUUUAUGCUGCUGCUGCCAUCAGAUCGGCUUCAAGAAGAUCCUCGAAAUAUCUGGUUUGAGGCUGCUACAGUGGUUGCUGUUCCUCCACCUGUAGAGAUUCCUGCUGGGAAUGUCCUGAAAUCAGCAUUAGCAGGAGGACUCUCCUGUGCAUUGUCUACAGCGUUAAUGCACCCUGUGGAUACGGUUAAGACACAAGUCCAAGCAUCAACACUAACCUUUCCACAAAUAAUAUCAAAGCUUCCUGAACUUGGAGCAAGGGGAUUGUACAGAGGUUCGAUUCCUGCUAUUCUAGGGCAGUUUUCAAGCCAUGGAUUGCGGACUGGAAUUUUUGAAGCAAGCAAGGUUGUGCUGAUUAAUAUUGCUCCUACACUUCCAGAGCUACAGGUUCAAUCUGUGGCAUCAUUCUGCAGCACUUUCUUAGGCACUGCUGUGAGAAUACCCUGUGAGGUGCUCAAGCAAAGAUUGCAAGCUGGUCUUUUUGACAAUGUUGGGGCAGCAAUCAUUGGUACCUGGCAGCAAGAUGGUCUUAAGGGUUUUUUCCGUGGAACUGGUGCCACUCUCUGCCGUGAGAUUCCAUUUUAUGUUGUAGGCAUGGGCCUAUAUGCCGAGUCCAAAAAGGCUGUGCAACAGCUUCUGGGGAGAGAAUUGGAGCCUUGGGAAACAGUUGCAGUUGGAGCUUUAUCUGGUGGGUUGACAGCUGUUUCAACGACUCCAUUUGAUGUGAUAAAGACCAGAAUGAUGACUGCUCCACAGGGAAUGGCUGUGACGUCAACGAUGGUUGCAUUAUCAAUUCUCCGUCAUGAAGGACCCCUCGGAUUGUUUAAAGGGGCCAUUCCUAGAUUUUUCUGGAUUGCACCUCUGGGUGCGAUGAAUUUUGCUGGCUAUGAGUUAGCAAGGAAAGCCAUGGACAAGGAUGCCACCGAGCCGCUUGCUCAGAAAAGUGGCUAGCAGAACAAAUGUACCUCGACUGAGAUUUUGUUUACUGAUCGUACCUAUCAAAGCUGCUCGGAAAUUUUGAACCUUUUCCAAGUGGUAGCAUCACAUUUAAAUUUGUCAAAAUCCCUGCUUUUUCUUAUUGGAGGCAAAAACCUUUUAGAUUUGGUCUGAACAAUUGUAAAUUUCCAUUAGCAGCAUGUUCAUCUUUUGCUUUGUAACAUCAUUUGU